AUGGAAGCAUUUGUGAGGCAGUACGGCGCAGGGAACAUUGAUCCCGACAUACUGCGCCUUGCUUGGGGCCAACUCAACCGGUCGAACGGAAUCCGGCCCGCCGAGCAUUACUUCUGGCGCGACAUUGUCACUCAACUGAAGGAAGUCGGAACCUGGCGUAGACAAUUCAAGACCUGGAUCGAGGCAAAGAACAACGGGAAGAUGCCAUGGCUGUACCCUUCCGAGAUUGCGAGGGCUGUCAUCUUCCUCGGCAGACAAAACGAGGUCGGCAUCCCACCGACGAUCCAAGAUCAUGUCGAGAAGGCCGGGCUGGCAUCGUACUUCAUAGAGACUGAGAGCCCAGACGGGUUUUGGGCGGCCACUGAACUCGACGAUGUAAACUGGCGGAAGGUGUACAUGACGAGAAAGCCGAAAGCAGACUACCCUGCGGCGGACAAGACCACCAUCUCCAAGGUCACCUCCGCGCUCAAGGCCGUUUACGUCGACCUGACAGAUGGCCAACAGGCAGACGACGACAGCACACUUAAUAAGAGCCACCUCGUUGAUGUCCAGGACUUAUACAACCCCUAAUCAUAUCCAGACGCUGGAAAGCAUCAAUUUGCCGUUAUCAUGAUGUCUGCAUUCAGGCGCUCUCCUUCGCCUUUUCCUACCCGCACCUGCCAUCCGUGG